GCACCUCCCUCACUGACAUUGGAGCCGUCGACGAGGAAGGCAGUAGAGUGGUUUGUGUUUUCAUUUGUUCGCACUCCAAACACAUUUAGCGAGCCAUGGACGAUUUUGAUAUGCUCAGUGCCCCUCAAGGAAGCGCAGGAAACGGUGUGGGGGCAGACGAGGACCCGGCGGCAGCGUUUCUGGCCCAGCAGGAGAGUGAAAUCGCGGGCAUCGAGAAUGACGAGGGCUUCAGCAUCCUGGACAGCGGAGAAGUGCCUUCAUCUCUGAGCCAAGACCCCGACGGUGGAGCAUUGAAUGGAGAUCUGCACGGGGAGAGUAACGGUCCUUCAGACGUGUAUGCAGCCAUCUCCAGUGUUGACCGAUUGCAGGCAGAGCCGGAGAGCUUGAGGAAGUGGAGAGAGGAGCAGCGUGAGAGGCUGGAGCAACUUGAUGCUAACUCCCGUAAGCAGGAGGCAGAGUGGAAGGAGAAAGCGAAGCUGGAGCUGGAGGAGUGGCACACAAGGCAGAACGAGCAACUGGAGAAGACCAAAGUCAACAACAGGGUGCUGGAUGAGGAUUUCUUCAAACAACCCUUCGCUGAUCUGAUUGGUUAUGUGGCGGCUGAGGAAGCCAUGGUGUCCGAGCUGGAUGAGAACAGUCCCGGCACGGAAUGGGAGCGCGUGGCUCGCCUUUGCGAUUUCAACCCCAAGUCUAGCAAGCAGGCCAAGGACGUCUCCCGCAUGCGCUCAGUCCUCAUCUCUCUUAAACAGGCCCCGCUCGUUCGCUAAGCUCCGCCUCUGGAGUCUUCAAAACCAAGUCCCAGCAGCCAGUGGGAUUCACAACAUUGAUUCUUUUGUGGUCUCAUUCCAAUGGCUUUGAUUUCAAUUUCCAUAUAUAAAUAAUCUAUAUUAUAUUAUAGAAUAAUAUGAUAUGGUUAUAUCUAUAUGUUUAUAUAUAUAUUUCAUCUAUAAAUAUAUACAUAUAUAUAUAUAACAAUGUUCAGAUUGUUUUUAUUUUUGGUGUCUAUUUUAAGGACCAAACUCCAUGUUAAUUUUUCCAUGUAGAGACAGUUUGUGGCAUUGUGACACUAUCAAUCUAUGCAUUUCCCUCAUAAACUGUUUGGGAAUACAUUACUAAAUGUCUUGUGUAUGUUGUAUACAGAUGGUGGAUAUUAGCCUGUGUGUGUGUGUGUGUGUAACUAUGUACAUAAGACUGGUCCUCUACACUUCAUUGUGAGAUUAUGGCACAAGUUGUUGAAGAACUGAGCUGUACCCCAGUGAAUGUCGCCUCAUGUCCAUUCUGUAUCAGUAUGAUUAAACACAUUUGAAAUGUUAA